CAGAGGUCAGCAGCCAUGCGGUCCCGAAAUGACCAUAGAUUCAAUUUUUUCGGGCCGGAGGCCGAGGCCUUUCAGGAUGUCGAUGCUCUCCCGGAUACCAGUACCGGGAUUCUUCCCGGCUUUCCAACGCCUCCAACGAUGGCACCCGAGAAGGUCCGCCAGCUAUGCAAGGAGCGAUCAACCAGCAUCUUCGCGAGCCAUAACCGCCUCCGGAACAUUCUUGACCGCCACGAGCCUAAUAUCCACAAACGCUGGACCAAGAAGACGAAGCACCAGCGGCUCCAAAUCCUACUGGACGGAUGGCCAAACAUGCCCCCUAUGCACCGACCCGACUUUGCGGCCUUCCGCAUCGAGUCGCAGGACCAGCGUGAAUCGGGCACCAAGCGCAGAGACCACUUCGUCUGGCCCUACAUCAACCAGAAAGACUUGCUCAAGCCGAAGACCCUGCUUCUGACGCUGAAAUCCAGAGGCAGACACCAGCCUUGCGAUUUCGCCGCUGCAGAUGGCGACGCGAUGCACCUGGGCAGGGUCACGAAAGCCAUGAUGCCCGUCUUCCUCAACUGCUACGUCGUCACUCUGAACGGCAUGACCUGCCCUGAGGAGUACGGGAAGCUCAUUGCUUGGGACGACCACAAAGACGCGUUCGAGUGGUUCAUGACGCGGAAGCAGUUUAUGCCCGGUGAGGCCCUCGACAUCUUGGAGGUCCAAGACCGCCUGAUGAAGUUCCUCGUUCACUGCUGCGAGCAGGUGCUGCGCGAUAUACCACCGGAGGAACUGCUUGCAGACAAGUACCCGGUUCAGCCUGAGCCGACGUUGAGGUCGGGCGUGGAACCGGUUGGAGGUUUCGAAUCGCUAGCGAUCAUGGCCGAGGAGGCUCCUUACCGACCGCCGGGCCGUCUUGACUUUGAGCGCAUCGAGUCUCUGCUUUCGGCACAGGACCCCGGCGACUUCUCCGACCAGCUGGUGACUGGCAAAGAGCAUCGCCACGAGAUACUCAAGGACACUAACGGCAAACCCCAUCCGGUCCUUCAGACGCUCAACAUUGGAGUGUUCUGGGAGCGUUUUGUGGGCAAUGUCUUGCUCAGGUCGCAUAUCGAGCUCGAGGUGUUUGCUGAACUGUGGCACCAGGUGGAGGGAUUGAAACGGCUUCAAGUGAAGUACGAAGCAAGGACAUCGCCACUCCAAGACCUCCCAGAGGAGUACUUGGCCGCCAUCCUGCGGUUGCGCUACUUCCUUAAUCAACUGGCAAAAGAGUGGCUGAACGAUCUCAAGACGACAGUCGUGGCCUCGCCGCCAAUGCGCAGGUUUUUCCUCGAGCGGCUGCUGCGUGCCGAACCGCGGGCACGGGAACUGGUCUCGGACUACGUUGCUGGCCGAAUUGGUGACCUCUCGAUUCUCUGCGAGUGCCUCCGGCAGUUGUACAUCUAUCAGCCGUGGGUGAACGGGUACGAGAACGCAAACAAAAGAUUCUUUUACCCGACCGAAAAGCGCCGCACAAAGGAAACGGCGGAAGCGCACCUCGACGCGUUCUGGGAGAAGUUCGACAAAUGUCUCCAUGCCCAGGCCGGGAAUUUGAGCAUGUCAGCGCUUUGGAAGCUUCUGUCGCAGCGGCGCGAAGUCGAAGAAACCUUGUUGUGUCCUCAAGAUGACGCUGUCUAUCGACCCCUUUCAACACUAUGGUUCGAACUUGACUCAUCCCCUCCAGCUGGAAAGACACCCAGCGCGGCAGCGCAGCCAAAGACAAAAGUGAAAAAGCGAGGCACGCAAGCCAACGCCUCUUCUGCAACCGACCCGAAAACGGCCGAUGAACAGCAACAACAGGAGGAUGCAGCUAGGAACCUGAACCUACAGCAAGACCAAAAACCUACCUUUGUAGUGGAUUCCCGGGCCCUCAAGGUCUUCCGGACGCUCUUCUUCCACCCCGCCAUGACUUCGACGGCGGGGGAGGUUUCAUGGAAUGACUUUCUGCACGCCAUGACUAGCACCGGGUUCCGUGUUGAGAAGCUGUACGGUUCCGUAUGGCACUUCCAGCCCUCCCAGCUUGACGUGCAACGCAGCAUCCAGUUCCAUGAACCGCAUCCAGUGGGCAAGAUCCCAUUCACAAUGGCGCGGCGAAUCGGUCGGAGACUGGCCAGGGCUUAUGGCUGGUGUGGCGGCAUGCUCAACCUGAAGGAGAAGUAGUUUUGAAUGAUG